GGUAGUUCUGAGGGUCUGCUAUGUGCCAGGUGCUGUGCUAGCAAUUGAAAACGUGGCAGUGAAUAAUACAGCUGCAGUCUUGUCUUCCCUCGUGGAUCUUACAGUCUAGGUGAUUCUGGAAGAGCUGGAGCCUUUGAAGAAACACCUUUUGACGAUGACAUCAAACCAAAGGUUCUUUCUUACUGGGGAAAUGAGGAAGAUUGGGACAUACUUGAACCCAGAUCUGAUUGAUGAGAAAGAACCAGCCAUGUGAUGAUCUGGGCAAGAGCGUUUCAGGUGGAGGGGUCAGCAGGUGCAAAAGCCCUGAGGAGUCUGGAGAGGCGUGGCUGGACCAAGACCUCCCCCAAUGUGAGCAAGUUUCCUCCCUCCCCACCACCCAUUGCCGCCACGCCAGGGAACGUCCUCAAGCCCUGGCCUUCAGGGGAGAGGUAACAGGAGCCCGGAGCCGAGACCAUGUGACGGCGCUGGCCCUCGCCACCGCCGUCACCCCCACCCUGGCCCCAGGCCCGGCACCAUGAUGUUCCGAGACCAGGUGGGCAUCCUCGCUGGCUGGUUCAAGGGCUGGAAUGAGUGUGAGCAGACGGUGGCCCUGCUGUCGCUUCUGAAGCGGGUCACCCGCACCCAGGCCCGCUUCCUGCAGCUCUGCCUGGAGCACUCGCUGGCAGAUUGCAAUGACAUCCACCUGCUGGAGUCGGAGGCCAACAGUGCUGCCAUCGUCAGCCAGUGGCAGCAGGAGUCCAAAGAGAAGGUAGUGUCCCUCCUGCUGUCCCACCUGCCCCUGCUUCAGCCAGGCAACACGGAGGCCAAGUCGGAGUACAUGAGGCUGCUGCAGAAGGUGCUGGCCUACUCAAUCGAGAGCAAUGCCUUCAUCGAGGAGAGCCGCCAGCUGCUUUCCUACGCCCUCAUCCACCCGGCCACCACCCUGGAAGACCGCAACGCGCUGGCCCUCUGGCUGAGCCACCUGGAAGAGCGGUUGGCUAGCAGCUUCCGCAGCCGGCCCGAGCCCACCUACCACUCGCGCCAGGGCUCAGAUGAGUGGGGGGGGCCCGCAGAGCUGGGCCCCGGGGAGGCAGGGCCAGGCUGGCAGGACAAGCCACCCCGGGAAAAUGGACACGUGCCCUUCCACCCACCCAGCUCCGUGCCGCCGGCCAUCAACAGUAUUGGGAGCAACGCAAAUGCAGGUCUCCCCUGCCAAAUCCACCCCAGCCCGCUGAAGCGCUCCAUGUCGCUCAUCCCCACGAGCCCCCAGGCCCCUGGUGAGUGGCCGAGUCCAGAGGAGCUAGGGGCCCGGGCUGCUUUCACCACGCCCGACCACGCACCCCUCUCACCCCAGAGCAGCGUGGCCUCCUCUGGCAGUGAGCAAACGGAGGAGCAGGGCUCCAGCCGGAACACUUUCCAGGAGGACGGCAGUGGCAUGAAAGAUGUGCCCUCGUGGCUCAAGAGCCUCCGCCUGCACAAGUACGCGGCCCUCUUCUCCCAGAUGAGCUACGAGGAGAUGAUGACGCUGACUGAGCAGCGCCUGGAGUCUCAGAAUGUCACCAAAGGUGCCCGCCACAAGAUAGCCCUGAGCAUCCAGAAGCUGCGUGAGAGGCAGAGCGUCCUCAAGUCCCUGGAGAAGGAUGUGCUCGAAGGCGGGAAUCUGCGAAACGCUCUGCAGGAACUGCAGCAGAUCAUCAUCACCCCUAUCAAGGCCUACAGUGUCCUCCAGGCCACGGUGGCUGCCGCCGCUGCCACCACCCCUGCUGCCAAGGAUGGGGGCCGGGGGGAGCUGCCACUGCCAGGUGCUGAGCCUCCCCUGGCUCACCCCGGCACAGACAAGGGCACUGAGGCCAAGGACCCUCCAGCUGCAGAGAGCUACCCUCCUCCACCAGCUCCAGCUCCCACUGAUGGCAAUGAGCCAGCCCCGGCUCCCGUUGCUGACGGAGACAUCCCCAGCCAGUUUACACGGGUGAUGGGCAAAGUGUGCACCCAACUGCUGGUGUCCCGACCAGAUGAGGAGAAUAUCACCAGUUACCUCCAGCUCAUCGAAAAGUGCCUGACUCAUGAGGCUUUCACGGAGACGCAGAAGAAACGGCUGCUGUCCUGGAAACAGCAAGUGCUGAAGCUGCUCCGGACCUUCCCUCGCAAAGCCGCGCUGGAGAUGCAGAGCUACCGGCAGCAGAAAGGCUGGGCGUUUGGCUCCAACUCACUCCCCAUAGCUGGUUCUGUGGGGAUGGGGGUGGCCCGGCGGACCCAGCGGCAGUUCCCAAUGCCUCCCCGGGCCCUCCCGCCUGGCAGGAUGGGCCUUCUGAGCCCCUCGGGCAUUGGGGGCAUCUCCCCCCGCCAUGCCCUCACCAGCCCCAGCCUUGGGGGCCAGGGCCGACAGAACCUGUGGUUUGCCAACCCCGGAGGCAGCAACAGCAUGCCCAGCCAGAGCCGCAGCUCUGUGCAGCGUACCCACUCGCUCCCAGUCCACUCGUCGCCCCAGGCCAUUCUCAUGUUCCCUCCAGACUGCCCGGUCCCUGGGCCUGACCUGGAGAUCAAUCCCACUCUGGAGUCUCUGUGUCUGAGCAUGACAGAACACGCCUUGGGUGAUGGGACAGACAAAACCUCCACCAUCUGACAGGACCCACAGCCCAGCGCACCUAUAGGCUCCCUGGGCGGCGGGCGGGGGCCAACCCCCAACGGGCUUCUCGGCAACAGCGAGCGGGUGGGCUGGCUCAGCUAUACAUUCUAAUAUUUUUCUACUCUCUCACCCUUUUAACUUUUGUUUAACAUUGGCACACGCCUUGCUCACUCCCAGGCCCGUCGAGGGAUCUCUGCUGAGGCCCAGGGAGGUAGGGGGCAGCCAGGAUGAAGGGGGCAGGGACUGGCCAGCCUGCCUGGCCCCUCCUUCCCUCAUCCUCUACCUGGCCCUGUCCCACCCUGCCUCCUCGAGACCGCCGGCCGCCUGCCCCUCCCGGGGGAGCAGCCUCCCCGUCUUCUGGGGCCUGCUCAGCACCAUCUGACAUCUGGGGAGGGACAGCGAGGUAGAUAACCUGCUCUCCUGAAUGUCAUUUGAGAGGAGGAGAGGAGCCUCCUCCCACCUCCUCCUUCCCAUUCCCGUCAUGCCCCGAGGACAGGAGCCACCCUCCUCUCACUCACCUCCUUUUGUCCUGUUUAUCAGAGGUUCUCUACAAUUAAUUUCUUAGGCCUAUUUAAGAUACAUAUUUAUAUAGUUCUUAACGGUUUUUCUCUCUGAUCAUUCCCUCUCAUUUUUAGAAUCCCCAGGCCUCUCUCUGAGCCAAGAAAGUGGCAGGGGGAGCCUGAAUUUUACGAGGAGAGAGGGCAGAGCCCCCUCCUCCAGACCCCCUAGCCCUUCCCCAUGCCCCCAGCCCUGGCUGCCCUGAUGCAGAGGUCGAAGGCGGGGAGCCGGGGCACCAGUGAGGUCAGGAAGUCUGUUGCCUUAACGUCCCCUUCCCCCACCAACACACACCCUUCUCCACUCCCAGGUCUGGGUGCUCAAAGACUUGGGGGUAAGGAAUAGGGAAAGGGGAUUGUUUGGUUUUUGGUUUCUUUCCCCAUCGCCCCUUUUCUUUUGACCUUCCCCCACCCCCCAUGCUGUCAUGACCUCACUUAAGUGGAACACUAUAUCAUAACCCAGAGUCGUCCCGGCCCCGCAGUCACACAGAUCCUCUGGUCCCUGUUCCUACUGAGGGGUUGUGCUGGGGCCCAGGUGGAGAGAGGGGAUUUGGGGGUUCAGCCUGUGGGGAAGCCAGGGUCCCCUAUUCCAACCCCCUCGUCCCCCUCAACCCACUCCCCUCACUGGGACAUUCUCAAGCUUUUCACACCGAAAAGGAAAAAAAAAAAUGUUAUUUUUAGAUACAUUUUAUGAAUAACUUUUGUUAUGAAUAUGGCUGGUAACCAUUGUGUAUGUUAUUAAAGAUACAAAA